AAUACGUCAGUAUGGUUUAACAGCUGAAAGCUGUUUUUAGGUGUUCACUCACAGCGUCGUGAUGUUCAGUGUAGAAUGGCAUGCAGGUGAAUAGUGCCCCGUAAAAACGGAGAGAAUGGCUUGGUUUAAUCAGGUAUCUGGAAAUUUAAGUCAAGAACAACCAUCUUCCAUGACGCCUGCACUGGAAAAUCCUACUUCAGUUACGGACUUCCUAUCUGCUCCUCAGGACAUGAUGUCCUCAAGCCUGCCAAGUGCCCCUGCAGGCAUGGGGUCAAAGAGAGAUCUUGUACCUCUUUCCUAUGCAACUUUGCAAGAGCAACGGUGUGUGCUUAAUUGGUUUCUUGGCUGGGGUGUAGUCCAACGGAAACAUUUUCUGGAAGACCUGAUCUCAAAAGCUGUACCUGGAAAAGUUUGCUGCUUGCUGCAACAGCUCAACACAUUACAGGUAAACGAUCGCCCCCCUAAUAUCUUUGAAUGUCAGCUAAGACUGUGGACUCAGUGGUUUGAAUCAUGGACUGAAGAGGAGAGGAAUGCUUUUUUAAACAGUCUGGAGGAGAAGGACCCUAUCUUUGUUGCCCAUUUCUAUCGAGGGUUGGCUGGCACAGCAGGCAGGGACUAAAUACCAUUGUGUAUUUAGUUCUUUUUUUUUUAUGCAAUAGAAUAUUUGCACUGUAUUGUUUUGGAUCAUAACAUGAUUGAGUUGUGGGAUUCAAGAGUAAUUGAAACUUCUAUAUUUUGUGCAUCAAUAAUUUACAGACCAUCUGCAGUUAGGCAUGUCUUGCCUUGUGGUAUAAAAGAGCUUUGUUUGAAGCCCUGAGGAAAGCAUCAGUGAAACUGUAUGCUUUCAGAAACAACUGUCAACAGUCGUCAACACAAUGACGCUAGAAAAUGAACUUUCAUGCUAUCAUGCCCUGUGCGCAUGUCUUAACAAAAGAGAUGUUGAAAUGAUAGAACUCUGGGAACAGAUUAAACAUUGCUGAAGGAUCUCACUGCGAGAAAUGGUGUCUCCUCCUUACUUCUUUUCUGAGUGAUAACCCUUGUGCUGAAAACUUUGUAGUGUGCUGAAAAUAAAUAUCCCUUUUGCUA